AUGCUCAGCGAUGUUCAUGCCAUCUUUGGUUAUUUGAUUUCUCGGUACAUGUAUCAUCGAAACUUUGUAUCGGAUCAUGGCAAGAGAAAUUUAAUGAUUCCGGAGAGUGAUCUGGUGAAACAUAGUGAACAUUUUAAACACAUCUCGGAACAGUAUUUUAUGAUAGGAAAGACGUUAUUGGAUGGAUCAUCAUCGUACAUGUCUGGAGCAUCAAAAUUACUGGGAAAGGAUAAAAUUCAUUUACUUCGGAAAACAUCAUUUCGACAAUUCUUUAAAAUUCUGAGCACAAACAUGUUUAAAUUUAUUCGAAGAAUUCGACGAUUCUUUUCAAAUCUAACCUUUGAGCAGAAAUAUUAUGUGAUUGGAAUGGUCUUGGCGAAUUUACCAGAUAUUGAUAUUAUCACAUUUAUCAUUUCAUUUGGAUUUUCUUUUUUCAAAGGUUUUUCUAAAAUGAUCGAUCGAUUUCAUCGAUUAUGGGAACUCUUUAUUUCGCUAACUAAUAAGAAACAAGACAACGAAGCAACCUCUUCAAGCAUGUCAAAUACAUCAGGUCUAACCUCUUCCUUAAGCAGCUCAUCUUUGGCAGGUGUUAGCAGCGGAGGAAACUUGUCACAAUAUGAUUCUGAUUCUGAAGAUGUGACAAUGGGCUCCUCCAUUCGAAGUGCCAGAAAUUUGAAACUAUUAGAACGAAGAAAUAAGAAUAGUCUCACAUGGAGACGAUUGACCUCUCAUUCCAUUAUUGUAAAUUUAAUCAUGUCACCCUUGAUUGGAUACGCCACCCAAAAAGUUUUAGGACUUCACGGCUUUAAUAGUUUCACUCAUUGUACAAGUCUCGCAGUUAUGUGCUUGUCCUCUCAUUUGUUAUUAGAUUUUUUGACAAAUUUUGGCACAGCCUUGUUCUAUCCACUCUCUAACGAACUUUAUUCAUUUGGAAUAGUAACGAGUUGGGAUUUCACACUCAUUGUAUUUUUCUAUGGAUGGCUCACCGUGAGUCGAUGGAACAAGUGGAAACCAGCAAAGGUCUUUUGGAUUGGUUUAAUAUGUUUCUUUUGCAUUGCCAUAUGGAAGAGAGCCAUGAUGUGUGAAGUGUACUCUAGAUACUUCUUUUUCAUGGAAUCACAAAAGAGGAAAAGCUCCAAAAGCAUUCAAAAUGCUCCAACCAUUUGGUUACAACCAAGCAAUUUUUUCAGUGGCCAAUACACAGUCAUGAAAUAUGAACCUAAACAAGGAGAUUUGGUCACUGAGCUUAAAACAGUACAAGCAACCAAAUACAUUUCUCUCAUAAAUUGGAUAUUGACAGCAUUUGGAUUUAGAGUGAGCGAUGUCAGACAAAUUCAAAUUUCACAUCAGUUAGGUGUGUUCAGAGGUCAAGUGGCUCCUCGACAAUUUCUCAUGGUUCUUUAUUCCAAUUUGAAAAAUAGGAAAGUUUUGUAUGAAAUGAUUAAGAGUAGUUUGCCAUCUGCAUUAUUCAUGUUUUUGUAUAUGGUGUAUUUGGUUAGAUCUGACGAGUGA